AUAAGGAGCGUGUUAAUAAACAAUUGUAUUCUUAAAGUGAGCCGAGACAAGGAAAGACUGACAGGCUCUUCCGCAUGACGAAAGGAACGACUGCAUAAUCGCUCAUAAAAACUUCUACCGGGGUGUACUGUACCUGUAACUUUUGUUUAUAAAUCCUCUAAAAAAAGAGUGGUCUUGUCUCUGUGUUAACCUUUAUUGAUUUAAUGUGAUUUGUUUGCAAACAGUUGUCAGUGUCGGUGAUGUCCAAUUAAUACAUAUUACUUAUUAAAUUUUUGAAAAAAAGAUAAACUACAUCAUAAUCCAUAAGCAAAAAUGCCUAUCGAAACAUUGAGCAAAAAGCCGAGUAAAAAAAUACUCACAGACAUCCAGCAUUGCGAUUUUUCCAGUCUGCAAGCCCUAAAAGUGAAAGACCCCCAUUUCCACUGGAGUUCAGUAAUCUACGAGAAAACUGGGGAUACAGCUUUGCAUGUCGCUGCCAGGCUGGGGCAUUUAACAGUAAUCGACUAUCUGCUUGAAGAAUAUGCCCCUCAAACGGUAGAUGUAAGAAAUCAGAACGACAAAACCCCUUUGCAUGAAGCUGCACAGUUUGGACAGUGGGAAAGUGUAGUAAAACUGUUGUCUUAUGGCGCUGAGGUAAAUGCAUUGAGGAGGGGCGAUUGGACACCGCUAAUGUUGGCUUGCACCAAAAUACAACCAGUUAUUAACUUGAAAAUCGUUAAACUCCUCGUUGAGAAAGGGGCGUAUAUAAAUAUGCCCAACAAAGAUGGGUGGACGUGUGUUCACAUUUUGGCUAGAGAAGGCGGAGUGGAUGUUCUCCAUUAUUUAAUUAAUCAAGGCUUAAAUGUUUGCCCAAAAACCAAAAAUGGAAGGACUGCUUUGCACAUAGCAGCAUUGCAUGGAAAUAUUGAAAUCCUAGAUAUGGUUCUAGAGCACUUGGAUAUAAACUCAAAAGAUAGUUGUGGGAAUACUGCAUUACAUGAGGGUUUACUAGGACAACAUGUUCAUGUAGCCAAGCAUUUGGUUUCAAGAGGCGCGAGCACUGAUUGCCGAAAUAACAGCGACUUCAGUGUUUUACAUUUAGCAGCCAGCCAAAACAAUUGUGAAGUUAUGGACUAUGUACUGAGAGAAUUGAGCUUUGAAAUUAACUGCCAGAAUAGUAAUGGUUGGAGUGCCCUACAUUGUGCAGCCAGAAAGCGAAACGAAAAGUUGGAAAGAUGUGAUUUUGAAAGCGGGAAUCAUCAAUUUUGAGAUGGAUCAAACCGGCAAAACUGAGGAUUCAGGGCUAUUUCCAGAGCUAGUUCUAUGAAACUUAGCAUAUUUAGAGUGAAUCGUGGCUUCUGAAGCUGAUUAAAAGCUACUUGUUUUAAUUUGAAAGCUUUGAAUUUGUAAAUACGAUAAAAGAGCAGCGUUUGAAGACUGGAAACAUCAAUUUAGAGAUCCACGUUUUUAAGCUGGUAAAGUUCAGAAUUCGGAGUGGUUUUUGUGCUCUUUGUAGCUGAUCUCAUGCUUUAUUUUUUGUUGUCCUUUUAAUACGAUUCUGAUUUUGUUCUUUUUUCAAUACUAAAUUUCUAUCGAUAUGA